GUCCGCCCCGCCGCGAUGCGCCCCGGGCCGCGGCUCCGGCCCGCAGCCCCCUCCCCGGCCCCGGCCCCGGCCCCGGCCCUGGCCCUGGCGCUGACCUUGACUCUGUUGGCCAGACCUACAACUCCGGCCUCCUUCUAUGGAGAGAACCACCUGGAGGUGCCCAUGCCCACAGCCCUGACCAGCAUAGACCUGCAGCUCGAACUCUCCACGUCUCAGCCCGAAGCCUUUCUCCUCCUGGCAGCAGGUCAAGCUGACCAUCUGUUACUCCAGCUCGACUCUGGACGCCUGCAGGUCAGACUUGUCCUGAGCGAGGAAGAGCUGAGGCUGCAAACCCCAGCAGACAUACCGCUGAGUGACUCCACCCCCCACACCGUGGCCCUCACUGUUUCCGACAGCUGGGCUACACUGUCCAUCGAUGGACGGCUGAACACGUCUGCCCCAGCCCCAGUGGCCCCCCUUGAAGUUGCCUAUGGGCUCUUUGUGGGGGGCUCUGGGAGGCUUGGACUGCCCUACCUGAAGGGGGUCAGCAGGCCCCUGAGGGGCUGCCUCCACUCAGCUACCCUCAAUGGCCGCAACCUCCUCCGUCCGCUGACCCCUGAUGUGCACGAAGGUUGUGCCAAAGAGUUCUCCGCCGGUGACGAUGUGGCCCUGGGCUUCUCUGGGCCCCACUCAUUGGCUGUUUUCCCUGCUUGGAGCACUCAGGAGGAAGGCACCCUACAGUUUACCCUCACCACAUGGAGUCAGCAGGCACCCCUGGCCUUCCAAGCUGGGGGCCAGCGGGGAGAAUUCAUCUAUGUGGACAUAUUUGAUGGUCACCUGCGGGCUGUAGUUGAGAAGGGCCAGGGCACCGUGUUACUCCACAACAGUGUGCCAGUGGCUGAUGGGCAGCCCCAUGAGGUCCUCGUGCACAUCGACGCUCACAGGUUGGAAAUCUCCGUAGACCAGUACCCAACACGCACUUCCAACCGUGGCGUCCUCAGCUACCUGAAGCCCCGGGGCAAUCUCCUCCUUGGGGGGCUGGACGCAGAGGCUUCUCACCACCUCCAGGAACACCGUCUGGGCCUGGCACCAGGGACUAUCAAUGCCUCCCUGGUGGGCUGCAUGGAAGACCUCAGCGUCAAUGGGCAGAGGCAGGGGCUCCGGGAUGCCUGGCUGACCCGCAACAUGGCAGCGGAUUGCGUGUCCGAGGAAGAGGAGUAUGAAGAAGAGGCCUACGGCCCCUACGAAGCUUUCUCCACCCAGGCCCCAGAGGUCUGGCCAGCCGUCCAGCUGCCAGAGCCGUGCGUUCCUGAGCCACAGCUGCCUCCGGUCUUUGCCAACUUCACCCAGCUCCUGAGCAUCAGCCCACUGGUGGUGGCCGAGGGUGGCACGGCCUGGCUGGAGUGGCGACACGUGCAGCCCACGCUGGACCUGACGGAGGCCGAGCUGCGCAAGUCCCAGGUGCUGUUCAGCGUGAGCCGCGGGGCGCGCCACGGGGCGCUGGAGCUGGACAUCCCGGGGGCCCAAGCCCGGCAAAUGUUCACCUUGCUGGACGUGGUGAACCGCAAGGCCCGCUUCGUCCACGAUGGCUCCGAGGACACCUCUGACCAGGUGGUGCUGGAGGUGUCGGUGACGGCUCGGGUCCCCGUGCCCUCGUGUCUGCGGAGGGGCCAAACGUACGUCCUGCCCAUCCAGGUGAACCCGGUCAACGACCCACCCCGCGUCAUCUUCCCGCACGGCAGCCUCAUGGUGCUCCUGGAGCACACGCAGAAGCCGCUGGGACCCGACAUCUUCCAGAUCUACGACCCAGACUCUGCCUGCGAGAGCCUCACCGUCCAGCUCCUGGGGGGCUCCGCCAACGCCCCUGUGGAGCAUCGAGACCGGCCUGGGGAGCCGCUGGCCGAGUUCUCGUGCCGGGAGCUGGAGGCGGGCGACGUCGUCUAUGUCCACCGCGGUGGCCCCGCGCAGGACCUGACGUUCCGAGUCAGCGACGGCAUGCAGGCCAGCCCCCAGGCCACGCUGAAAAUCGUGGCCGUGCGGCCGGCCAUUCGGAUCCGCCACAGCACCGGCUUGCGCCUGGCCCAGGGCUCCGCGGCGCCCAUCCUGCCCACCAACCUGUCGGUGGAGACCAACGCCGUGGGGCAGGACGUGAGCGUGCUCUUCCGAGUCACCGGCACCCUGAAGUUUGGGGAGCUGCAGAAACAGGGGGCAGGGGGCGUGGAGGGCGCCGAGUGGUGGGCCACGCAGGCUUUUCACCAGCGCGACGUGGAGCAGGGCCGGGUGAGGUACCUGAGCACGGAUCCCCAGUACCACACCCAAGACACCAUGGAAGACCUGGCCCUAGAGGUGCAGGUGGGCCAAGAGACCCUGAGCAAUCUGUCCUUCCCCGUGACCAUCCAGAGGGCCACAGUGUGGAUGCUGAGGCUGGAGCCACUGAACACCCAGAACUCGCAUCAGGAGGCCCUCACCCCAGCCCACCUAGAGGCCACCCUGAAGGAGGAGACAGGCUCGCGCCCCCAUACCUUCAACUACGAGCUGGUUCAGGCACCCAGGAAAGGCAACCUCCAACUUCAGGGCACAAGGCUGUCAGAAGGCCAAAGCUUUAGCCAGGAUGACCUGCAGGCCGGCAGGGUGACCUACGGGGCCACCGUACGGGUGUCUGAGGCAGCUGAUGACUCCUUCCGUUUCCGUGUCACAGCUCCACCACAUUUUUCCCCGCUCUAUACCUUCCCCAUCCACAUCGGGGGUGACCCGGACGCUCCCGUCCUCACUAACGUCCUCCUGGUGGUGCCUGAAGGUGGAGAAGGAGUCCUCUCAGCUGACCACCUCUUCGUCAAGAGCCUCAACAGUGCCAACUACCUCUACGAGGUCAUGGAGCAGCCCCGCCAUGGCAGACUGGCAUGGCGGGAACAACGGGGCAAGGGCACCCCAGUGACAUCUUUCACCAAUGAAGACCUGAUGCGUGGCCAACUGGUCUACCAGCAUGAUGACUCUGAGACCACAGAGGAUGAUAUACCUUUUGUGGCCACACGCCAGGGUGAGGGCAGCGGUGACGUGGCCUGGGAGGAGGUGCGUGGUGUCUUCCGAGUGGCCAUUCAGCCUGUAAAUGACCACGCCCCGGUGCAGACCGUCAGCCGCGUCUUCCACGUGGCCCGGGGUGGACGGCGGCUGCUGACCACGGAUGACGUGGCCUUCAGCGAUGCGGACUCGGGCUUCUCCGAUGCUCAGCUGGUGCUGACCCGGAAGGACCUCCUCUUCGGUAGCAUUGUGGCCGUGGAAGAGCCCACACGACCCAUCUACCGCUUCACUCAGGAGGACCUCAGGAAGAAGCAAGUCCUCUUCGUGCACUCAGGGGCCGACCACGGCUGGCUCCAGCUGCAGGUGUCCGAUGGGCAACACCAGGCCACCGCCAUGUUGGAGGUCCAGGCCUCAGAGCCCUACCUCCGGGUGGCCAAUGGCUCCAGCCUUGUGGUCCCUCAAGGGGGCCAGGGCACCAUUGACACAGCUGUGCUCCACCUGGACACCAACCUGGAUGUCCGCAGUGGAUAUGAGGUCCACUACCACGUCACAGCUGGCCCUCACUGGGGACAGCUGCUCCGGGCUGGCCAACCAGCCACAGCCUUCUCACAGCAGGACUUGCUGGAUGGAGCCAUUCUCUACAGCCACAAUGGCAGCCUCAGCCCCCAUGAUACCCUGGGCCUCUCUGUGGAAGCAGGACCAGUACACACAGAUACCACCUUACAAGUGACCAUCGCCCUAGAGGGCCCCCUGACCCCAUUGCAACUAGUCCAUCACAAAAAGAUCUAUGUCUUCCAGGGGGAGGCAGCCGAGAUCAGAAAGGAUCAACUGGAGGCAGCCCAGGAGGCGGUGCAGCCGGCAGACAUCAUUUUCUCAGUGAAGAGCCCUCCAAGCGCCGGCUACCUGGUGAUGGUAUCACAUGGCACCUCAGCAGAAGAGCCGCCCAGCCUGGACCCCGUGCGGAGCUUCUCCCAGGAGGCGGUGGACACAGGCAGGGUCCUCUACCUGCACUCACGCCCCGAGGCCUGGAGCGAUUCCUUCUCCCUGGAUGUGACCUCGGGCCUGGGCACCUCCCUCGAGGGUGUCCGUGUGGACCUGGAGGUGCUACCCACGGCCAUCCCGGUGGAAGCGCAGAACUUCAGCGUCCCUGAAGGUGGGGCCCGCACCCUGGCCCCCCCGCUGCUCAGCAUCACUGGUCCCUUCUUUCCCACACUGCCGGCCCUUGACCUGCAAGUGCUUGAGCCGCCACGGCAUGGGGCCCUACAGAGAGAGGACCAGCCGCAAGGUGGGACCCUCAGCACCUUCUCCUGGAGAGAGGUUGAAGAGCAGCUGAUCCGCUACGUGCAUGAUGGGAGUGAGACGUUGAUAGACAGCUUUGUCCUGGUGGCUAAUGCCUCGGAGAUGGAUCGCCAGAGCCACCCCGUGGCUUUCAUUGUCAACAUCCUACCAGUUAAUGACCAACCCCCCAUCCUCACCACAAACACAGGCCUGCAGAUCUGGGAGGGGACCACUGUGCCGAUCCCUCCCGAAGCCCUCAGGACCACCGACAACGACUCAGGGCCCCAAGACCUGGUCUACACCGUGGAGCAGCCCAGCAAUGGCCGGGUCGUGCUGCAGGGGGCGCCAGACACCGAGGUCCGGCGCUUCACGCAGGCCCAGCUGGACGGGGGGCUGGUGCUGUUCUCACACACAGGAGCCCUGGAUGGAGGUUUCCACUUUGACCUCUCCGACGGUGUGCACGCCUCGCGUGGGCAUUUCUUUCGCGUGGUGGCCCAGAAGCAGGUGCUCCUGUCGCUGGAGGGCAGCCGGACACUGACGGUCUGCCCGGAGUCCGUGCAGCCGCUCAGCAGCCAGAGCCUGAGAGCCAGCUCCAGCUCGGGCACCGAUGCCCACCAUCUGCUCUACAGGGUGGUCCGGGCACCCCGGCUUGGCCGGCUCUUACAUGCCCAGCAGAACGGCGCUGGAGAAGCCCUGGUGAACUUCACUCAGGCCGAGGUGUAUGCUGGGAAUGUUCUGUAUGAGCAUGAGAUGUCCUCUGAGCCCUUCUGGGAAGCCCACGACACUAUAGGGCUCCUGCUGUCCUCACCACCUGCCCAGGAUGUGGCUGCCACCCUUACUGUGGUUGUAUCUUUCGACGCGGCCUGUCCCCAGCGUCCCAGCCGCCUCUGGAGGAACAAAGGUCUCUGGGUCCCAGAAGGCCAACGAGCCAAGAUCACCGUAGCUGCCCUUGAUGCCUCCAACUUCCUGGCCAGUGUUCCAAUGCCCCAGCGCCCAGAACAUGAUGUGCUCUUCCAGGUCACACAGUUCCCCACCCGGGGCCAGCUGUUGGUGUCCGAGGAGCCCCUCCACGCUGGGAGGCCCCACUUCCUGCAAUCGGAGCUGGUAGCUGGGCAGCUGGUGUAUGCCCACGGUGGAGGGGGCACCCAGCAGGAUGGCUUCCGCUUCCGUGCCCACCUUCAGAGACCAAUAGGGACCUCGGUGGCGGGACCCCAAACUUCUGAGGCCUUUGCUAUCACUGUGAGGGAUGUGAAUGAGCGACCCCCUCGGCCACAGGCUUCCAUCCCACUGCGGCUAACCAGGGGUUCCCGCGCCCCCGUCUCUCGAGCCCAGCUGAGUGUGGUGGACCCAGACUCAGCUCCGGGAGAGAUUGAGUAUGAAGUGAAGCGGGCACCCCACAAUGGCUUCCUGAGCCUGGUGGGGGGCAAUCCAGGGCCGGUGACCCGCUUCACCCAGGCCGACGUAGAUGCCGGGCGACUGGCCUUCGUGGCCAAUGGAAGCAGUGUGGCCGGCACCUUCCGGCUCAGCAUGUCCGACGGGGCCAGCCCCCCACUGCCUAUGUCCCUGGCUGUGGAUGUCUUGCCAUCUGCCAUUGAGGUGCAGCUGCAAGCACCCCUAGAAGUGCCUCAAGCUUUGGGGCGCGUCCCACUGGGCCGGCAGCAGCUCCAGGUGGUGUCCGAUCGGGAGGAGCCCGAUGCAACCUACCGCCUCACCCAGGGGCCUGGGUACGGGCAGCUCUUGGUGCGUGGCCAGCCCGCCUCUGCUUUCAGCCAGCAGCAGGUCGACCAGGGGGAGGUGGUCUUUGCCUUCACCAACUUCUCCUCCCCUCACGAUCACUUCAAAGUCUUGGCCCUGGCCAGGGGUGUGAAUGCAUCGGCCACCGUAAACGUCACCGUGAGGGCUCUGCUGCACGUGUGGGCAGGUGGGCCGUGGCCCCAGGGCGCCACCCUCCGCCUGGACCCCUCCGUGCUAGAUGCCAGUGAGCUAGCCAACCGCACGGGCAGUGUGCCUCGCUUCCGGCUCUUGGCGGGACCUCGGCAUGGCCGUGUGAUUCGCGUGGCCCAGGCCCGGACAGAGCCCAGGAGCCACCAGCUGGUGGAGCAUUUCACUCAGCAGGACCUGGAGGAAGGGAGGCUGGGGCUGGAGGUUGGCAGGCCAGAGGGGAGCUCCCCUGGCCCAGCGGGUGACAGCCUCACUCUGGAACUGUGGGCAAGGGGUGUCCCACCUGCCGUGGCCUUGCUGGACUUUGCCACCGAGCCUUACCACGCAGCCCGGCCCUACAGCGUGGCUUUGCUCAGUGUCCCCGAGGCGGCUCGGACAGAAACGGGGAAGCCACAGGGCAGUACCCCCAUGAGUGAGCUGGGCCCGGCGGCAUCCAGCCCAGUGCCCACCGUAGCCAGGAGCGGUUUUCUGGGCUUCCUCGAGGCCAACAUGUUCAGCGUCAUCAUCCCCGUGUGCCUCGUCCUCCUGCUGCUGGCGCUCAUCUUGCCCUUGCUCUUCUACCUCCGCAAACGCAACAGGACAGGCAAGCAUGACGUCCAGGUGCUGGCGGCCAAGCCUCGCAAUGGGCUGGCCAGCGGCGACACGGAGACCUUCCGCAAGGUGGAGCCGGGCCAAAACAUCCCCCUCACGGCAGUGCCUGGCCAGGGGCCCUCGCCGGGAGGCCAGCCCGAUCCAGAGCUGCUGCAGUUCUGCAGGACACCAAACGCCGCUCUCAGGAAUGGCCAGUACUGGGUGUGAGAACUGGCCUGGGUUCAGAUGCUGCCCGCAACCGAGGACCACAGCUUCCAUGCCCUGAGGAUUGCCCCAGAGCAAAAGAGACCUGGAGAUGCCAGGGGUGGAGGGCGCUGGGAGAUAAGACUUGGGGAUGCUCGACAGAGUGGAGUCUGGAGUGGGAACCCCCCCUCGACUCACUCAGAGUUGGAGAACCAGGGGGGCCAAGGCGGGCGGCAAGCUACCGUGAGCCCCCCUGCCUAAACUAGAGUGACAUCCUAGAUGGGUUAGGACUCUGGCGCCUGGGUCUGUGACCUUGGGUAAGUCACACCUGAUCCACGUUGCCAAGACAGGAGAAGAGGGUACCCUGGGCUUUCCAGCCCAACCUAGGCCUCCCCCUUAUCUCUGCCCUAGAGCAGUGAGAACUCUCUCAGCCUUUGGUGUUCUAGGGGAUGAGACUUCAUAGAGCAGAGCAGAGGGUUAUCCAAUAGAUUAAUAUAUUCAGGGUACAGGGUGGGUGGUUUGCUCUGGGGAUGGUUUAUUUAAAGCAAGAAAGCUAUUUGCCAUGGUGCUGGGGUAGCCAGGCCUGGUGGAGCCCAUCAGGUGUGAGUCUGAGGAAGGUCUGAAGUCGGUGCACCCUCAGGGCCCCACCAUGAAGCAUUCGUGGGCAAGCCCGGAGCAGGCUGGACUGGGAGUGUGGAGGGUCACCGCGGUGGCCAUGUCCCCCUGAGGACUAGGGAACAAGCGAGUUGGGUGCACUUGGCCCCGUGGAACCUGGAUAAAUGGUGCUUUGGCGUCUCUA